AACCCUAAAUUUGAUUUAACUCCUUCACUCGCCGCACUUCUUUCCGUGAUUCCUGCAACAAACUUUGCUCGCAAAACUCGUCCAAUUUUUUUUCUGAAGGGAAAAUUCACCGUUCUUGUUCAUGCAUGUUAAUUUAUCGAGAUAUAUAUGAAUCAUUUGGAGGGUGGGUGUGAAUCUUCAGUGAAAAAGAUGACAAAUGGGAACUUGUAGACGAACGAAAAUAAUAAAGAAAACGCUGGGGAUUAGAUUGAAAGAGCUGACGUGUAGUGAAAAGAGUGAACCGCAGGACAAGUGUCGAACAAGAAAACGAGCAGUGAAUAAAAUAUCAUUUUAAACUUGAAGUAUUACAUAUGUUCUUUUGCUUUUGGAUCGCUCACUUUCGCCUUUCUUCCAGCUAAUAACAUUGAUGUCCUUUCUUUCUUUUCUUUUCUUUUGCUUGCUUUUUCAAUUUGUUGAUCUUGUCUCUUGGGUAUUAACUAGGUUUUUGCUGUCAUGUGAAAACAGAGCAUUUCAUGGCUGUCUUUGCUGCUGAUGGUCCCUAAAAUUCUCAUCACCUUUACUGUUUAUUCUCAAUAGACUGUUAAUCUGGAGUUAAAUUCUGAGUCUAGUGAUCUGAAUGGAGAUAUUGGUUCUCUCUGAAAGCUUGAUUUUUGUUCGAUGUUUGGUUAGCGAUCUGGGUUUGUACUCUUUUAGGUUCCUUGGUUGUCUGUUUUGAGAUUUUCUUGUCGAUUUGAAGAAGCAAAAUGAGUGGUUCUGUUUUGGUGGCUGUUGCUGCUGCUGUUGGAAACUUUUUGCAAGGAUGGGAUAAUGCGACUAUAGCAGGAGCUGUCCUGUACAUUAAAAAGGAAUUCAAUCUUGAAAGUAGCCCCACUGUAGAAGGGCUCAUUGUGGCCACAUCCCUUAUCGGAGCCACUGUAAUCACAACAUGUUCUGGAGCAAUAUCAGAUUGGCUCGGACGCCGGUUGCUGUUAAUUUUAUCAUCUGUUCUUUACUUUAUCGGUGGCAUUAUAAUGCUGUGGUCUCCCAACGUAUACAUCCUUCUCCUAGGAAGGCUCUUGGAUGGUUUUGGAAUAGGUUUGGCUGUUACAUUGGUUCCGGUGUACAUAUCUGAGACUGCUCCCCCUGAAAUUAGAGGAUCAUUAAACACACUUCCUCAGUUCACUGGCUCUGCUGGAAUGUUCUUUUCAUACUGCAUGGUUUUUGGGAUGUCUUUAAUGGAAUCCCCGAGUUGGAGAUUGAUGCUUGGGGUCCUAUUUAUUCCCUCUCUUAUAUAUUUAGCAUUGACAAUAUUUUUCUUGCCCGAGUCACCUCGCUGGCUUGUCAGUAAAGGCCGGAUGCUCGAGGCCAAACGAGUGCUGCAGAGGCUCCGAGGCAGAGAGGAUGUAUCUGGUGAGUUGGCUUUACUUGUUGAGGGUCUUGGAGUUGGGGGUGAGACCUCUCUUGAGGAAUACAUAAUUGGUCCAGCAGAUGACCUUCCUGACCAAGAUCUACUGACGGACAAAGAUGGAAUCAAAUUGUAUGGACCUGAACAAGGAGUCUCCUGGGUUGCUAGACCAGUUACAGGACAGAGUUCUAUUGGACUAGUGUCUCGGCAUGGAAGCAUUAUAAAUCAGAGCGGGCUUGUUGAUCCUCUCGUCACUCUCUUCGGCAGUGUACACGAGAAGCUUCCUGAUACAGGAAGCAUGCGUAGUACACUGUUUCCACAUUUUGGCAGCAUGUUCAGUGUUGGAGGUAACCAACAUAGAAACGAAGAGUGGGAUGAAGAAAGCCUUGCUAGAGAGGGUGAGGACUAUCAGUCGGAUGGUGCUGGUAAUGAUUCGGAUGAUAACUUAAGGAGUCCUUUGAUAUCGAGACAGACGACAAGCAUGGAAAAGGACAUGGUUGCACCUGCUCAUGGUAGUCUUUCAAGCAUGAGACAGGGCAGUCUGGCUGGAGAACCUGUUGGAAGCAUGGGGAUUGGUGGGGGUUGGCAACUUGCUUGGAAAUGGUCUGAGAGAGAAGGCCCUGAUGGAAACAAAGAAGGGGGGUUUAAAAGAGUUUAUUUGCACCAAGAGGGCAUUUCUGGACCUCAGCAAGGAUCUAUAGUGUCUCUUCCUGGUGGUGAUGCCCUGACCGAUGGAGGCUAUAUUCAGGCUGCUGCAUUGGUCAGCCAACCAGCUUUAUACUCGAAGGAGCUUAUGAGUCAGCAUCCAGUUGGACCAGCUAUGGUCCAUCCUGAAAGCGUAACAAAAGGGCCAAGUUGGGUUGACCUUUUCGAACCCGGAGUCAAACACGCACUGCUCGUGGGAGUAGGAAUUCAAAUACUUCAGCAGUUCUCUGGCAUAAAUGGAGUUUUGUAUUACACUCCACAAAUUCUUGAGAAAGCAGGUGUCGGAAUCCUUCUUUCAAACUUGGGGAUUGGCUCUUCUUCUGCAUCUUUACUGAUCAGUGGUCUAACCACAUUAUUGAUGCUCCCUUCAAUUGCAGUGGCGAUGAGAUUAAUGGACAUCUCAGGUCGUAGGACUUUAUUACUGUGGACCAUCCCUGCCUUGAUAGCAUCCCUCGUCAUCCUAGUUAUUGGUAGCCUAGUGCAGAUGGGCAGCAUAUUGAAUGCAUCUAUCUCAACAGUCAGUGUAGUUGUUUACUUCUGCUUCUUCGUCAUGGGUUUCGGGCCAAUCCCAAACAUAUUAUGUGCAGAAAUCUUCCCAACCCGAGUCCGUGGCCUAUGUAUUGCGAUUUGUGCAUUGACAUUUUGGAUUGGCGAUAUCAUCGUCACAUAUACAUUGCCCGUGUUGCUUAACUCCAUUGGGCUUGGUGGUGUUUUCGGGAUGUAUGCAGUUGUUUGCAUCAUAUCAUGGGUGUUCGUCUUUCUAAAAGUUCCUGAAACCAAGGGAAUGCCUCUUGAAGUAAUCACCGAAUUCUUCUCGGUUGGUGCCAAACAGCUUUUAUCUGCCAAAAAUGGUUGAAAUUCAUCAUACAAAUUCAAAUUUUUGACUGUUUGAUACUUUGGUUGAAUUUGAUAUUAAUGAUCUUUAAAAUGCUAGCUCAGUUUUUGUAGAAGUUAUUGGUCCUUUUUAUCCUACUUCUCUCUCUCUAUUUCUUAUCCCUUAGUUACACUUGCUUAUGAAAUAAGAUGUGUUUCAAAUUUUUGUAAUGGUAUGAUCUUUUUAGGGGAAAGCCAAGAGAAAACUGAAGGCUCCAUUUAGUUAGUUGUAAUAAUGAUGUAUUAUGCAUUGAGUUUGAGCAAUGAUGGAUCCAUAGAUUUUGGAAGACAA